AUGGAGCAUCCACGGGGCCUGAAGAAGUCUGUGUCACGGAGGAGAGCCAGGUCUCUGGACAGGUCGCAGAACUCGAAGAAGGACUUAGAGUCAUGGGCCUCCCAGCGCCUUUCCCUGCCCGCCACCCACACCAGGCGGGAGCUUCCGUGUAUGGCCAGUGAUGGGAGCGGACGUCCCGAGAGCCCAGCGCAGCCUGCGGAGCCUCAGGGCACCAUGGGCGCAGCCCUCAACCUGGAGGAGACCAAGGAGUUUCUCCCCAGUGAGCAGAGGCCUCCACAGGACACCAAGAAGGACAAGACCCAGAGGCGGGGCCAGCAGGGGUUGUUGAAGAGUGUGAUGAACUUCUUCCUGAGGACAGGUUCUGAGGAGACCAAAGAAAAGGCCGGCAGGAAGGCAAAGGGGAAGGAGGAAACCUUUGAGUCACCAGGGGAGCCAGCUCCCAGGAAGAAAGCCCAUGACAAGAAAACCAGGCGCAAGAAACAUUCUAAGAAACACGUUGAUGAGGAAACCAAGGGGACCCAAGAUCAAGAAGCUAAAGGCCAGGAGACAGCGUUGCCUAAGACGACUGCUGCCUUGCGCCCCGAGGAGGCUGACCUGAGUCCAGCACCUAGGAGCGGAGAGGAGUCUGAUCUCCACCAGUGCUUGCUCAUCGAAGGCGGGGGUGCUGGCGUCUCAGAGCUUCCCUCCCAAGCCACUGGUCACCUUCAGGAAGAGGAGUUCGUAAAGCUUGAUGAAGAAACUGUCAUCCGGAAUAUAGUGCGAUUGCUCCAAAUAGCGGGAGACGAGUGGGAAGAAGAGCAAUGUCAAGCCACUCAGCCAAAGGUGGCUCCACAAAGCCCAGCACCAGCCCCCAGGAAGAAAUCCCAGGAGAAAAGGCCUAACCUCAGAAAGAAAUCUCAUAAGAAACAUGGCCCUGAGGAGCCCAAGAGAGCAGGGGCUGCAGGCGUUUCCAGCCCGGACUCCCGGCUGCCCAAGAAGACCGGCUAUCUGUUCCUGUGUGUUGGGGGCCAUCGGCCCUCCGUCUCCAGCAGUGUUGACUUGGAAGAACAGGAAGCCCAAGAGGCCUUGCCUACAGAUUGUGGAGGUCCAAGUUCCUUGGAGCUGUCUCCCCAAGCAGGAAGCCAGGGACCGGAAGAGGACUUGCAGCUGGACAGAGACUCGGAAUUCAAAGAAUUUAUCCAGGAGGUCAUUGCCCUACUCCAAGAUGCCGAGGAGCAGGAGGGAGAAAAGCAACUGCAAGUCCAGGAGCCAGAUGUGGCCGUAGAAAACCUGGCCCCAUCCUGCAGGAAGAAAUCCCAAGAGAAAAAGUCCAGCUUCAGAAAAACAUUUUCUCAUAAAAAACACAGCUCCAAGGAGCCCAAGAGAGAAGGGGCUGCAGGUGCUGCCAGCCUGGAGUCCCGGCGGCUCAAGAGGCCCAACUAUCUGCCCGUCGUGUGUGGUUGGAGCCAUCGGUCCUCCAUCUCUGGCAGCAUUGAUCUGGAGGAACCCAAGUUGCAGGAAUCCUCACCUGCAGAAGAGGGGCCAGCUGGGUCCUCAGCAGCGCACGCCCAGGACAGAAGCCACAAGCCAGAAGGGAGGCCUCUGCUGGAUGGAGCCUGUGACUCUAAGGAGCUGAUCAUCCAGAAGCUGGUGGCCCUUCUCCAAGAGGACAGCCAUUUGGGGAAGCAGAUCAGGCGACACCCCAGCUUUAGGAAGUGUUUUUACCAGUUCCCAGACUCCUCCCUCAAAAAGCUGGUAGCCACCCUGCCCAGACAGGGGACGCACUCCACUGAGCUGGACAGGAACCUGGCUGAGAGACGCUACCAGUUCAUGCUCAGCUUGACUAACAAGUUUAUUGGCAAAAACUGCCGCUCUGUCCUCAGCCUCACGGGUCUGCACUACAGCCAGCACUGUUACCCCCAGUUCUCAUACAGGGAGGCCCAGCAGAACAUCACAAGCCCUGGGAUCCAAAGUCCAGAUUGA